AUGCUUCAUCUCACAGGAAGAAGACUCCCCCGGCCCCAAAUACCAACCGAUACCAUUGUAAUGGUGGGAGACUUGGACGACAACAUUGUAUACCGCAACGAGGGCAUCGUCACCUGUAUGUUUGUUGUAGACAAUGUCCUCGAUUCAGAAAAGUUGAGAAGCGCCUUCGAAAGGGUCAUUGAGCGGCCGGGCUGGCGCAAACUUGGGGCCAGGUUGCGGUUCAAUACCAACGGAUGUCUGGAGUACCACAUUCCUGCUUUGUUUGGCCCCGACCGCCCAGCCAUGAGAUAUUCGGUAGUUGAUCACGCUGUGAAAAGAUCGGAGCACUCGGUCGCGUCACGGCUGCCAGAGAUGAGUAAGGACCUGGCCGUCGUGGCUGAUCCCGUCCAUUUUGAGAGCCUGUGGCACGAUGCUGCUGGUCCUGCGAAGCUGGACGAUUACUUCUAUGCCGACGAACCUCUUCUAGCCCUACGUAUAACCAAGUUCACUGACGCAACGACAUUGGCCAUAUCAUGGCCUCACGUAUUGUUCGAUAUUAUGGGACUGGUGGAUUUCGUCAAUGCGUGGACUUUGAUGCUACGCCAACAACCUGAUGACAUUCAAGCGCCACAUGAAACUACCAGCGAUCCCUUGGCAGAGCUAGGCCGUCAUCCGUCAGAACCGCACCUCCUCCGGCAUCACCGAAUGUCUUUGCUUUCCGUCUUAUUUCACUGGUUGCAGUCUUGGUUUUGGUCUCUCAUUUCCAAGCCGCAGCAUCGCAUACUCUACAUCCCUGGCUGGUAUAUGAAAUCGCUUCGAGAAAAGGCACUUGAGGGCCUAGCCACGAACAAUGAAGAUGAGGACAAGAACAUGUUUGUGAGUGAAGGAGACACGCUAUGCGCCUGGUGGGCCCAUCUCUCAACCUCUCUGAUGAGAAACUACCCGGGAAAGAUUGUAGCGCUGGUGAAUGUAAUGUCCCUGAGGACCGUCUUGGCCGAGGAUUUGCUACCUUGUGGUCGGCCGUUUCUCUCAAACUCUACAGGCCUAGUCUUUGCUCUGACGUCUGUGAAGGACAUAGUCACCAAGCCCCUUGGCCACCUGGCUUCACAGGUGCGUCGCUCCAUCAUCAAUCUUGGUACGCGAGAGCAGGUCGAAGCCUUUGUCGCGUUGACAAGACAGUCCUGGCAGAGACUCCCCCCCCUGUUUGGGAACCACCGAAUGCACCUCGUCACCUUCUCCAAUUGGUCCAAGGCGAAGCUCUUUGAAGUGGACUUUUCGUCGGCCAUUGUACCGCCCGUCUCGGACAAGGGACAGCCGACUGAACAGAGCGGCCGACCGUCCUAUGUGCAGAGUCAUUUUUCCGGAAUCAACACGUACGAAUGCGUAGUGAUUCUUGGGGAAAGCGCCGAGGGAGGCUAUUGGAUGGAUUGUUGCACAAACAAAUUCCGGUGGCCAAAGAUUGUGGACAUGCUAUCAGAAGUACGGCAAGAGGUGGCAUGA